AAGCUCGUCAACGAAGUGACAGAGCGGUCAUUAUUGCGAGAUCAGAUGACUUUAUUGCAGAUCGCAUUAGUGUAUAUGUUAGUCUAGUUUUUUCGUUAAAAUUUCUUGUAAAUGCAGCUAUUUGGACGCCUAUUUGUCCCCCUUUGGCUACUUUGGUGGCUCGUGAUAGAAGUGCGAGUAUUGGGAUCUUGAAGGCUUUGGAUGUUGUGAAAGUUCCAGAGGCAUUUGUGGUUAAUGUAUUGAAGUGCGAACAUGUACCUAGAGCUUGCUUGGAUAGCGAACCUAUUCCCAUAUAUGAAUUAUCUAAAGGAAAAUAUUUCAAUGGAUCAGAAGUUCCACCGGAGGAAAGGGACGAAUAUCCUUUCACAGCCGAAAUAAAAGAUCAAAAUGACGGUUCUUGGAGACCAGUAGAAGGGAAAUCUAAAAGAACCAUAAAUCCCAACUUUCAACCUCCAGAACACAUAAAAAAAUUUAAAAUUAUACAAUGUCAAUGUCUUAAAAAUGAUGAUUUAUUCAUCAAUGCAUUUCCUUAUUCAAAAUUUCAGAUCAUAAUUAAAAAUAAAAACUUGAUAUUUGGCGAUAAGAAACAAUUCUUUUUUAAAGAGUUAUUAGAUGACUAUAUCUCUAAAAAAUUUUUUAUUAUCAAUUAUGGUUCAACUCUAAUUGACACCUUUUUAUUUAUAAAAGAAGACAAGUUGGUUGAAAAAUUUUGUCGACAAUGUCAUGACAUAACUUUCUCAACUGAAGGUCUUAGACCUACCUCAGACAUUCAAUUAUUAUCCAUCAUAAUUGAAAUCUUUCCUCAAUUAUCACAAUGGUACCCACUUUAUUUAACUAGAUUUUUAUCUCAAACUGCAUUUGUGGUGCCAUUAGCUGAUCCUGAAAUGAUAUUGGAUAGUGAAAUUAUUAAACUAACAUCCACUCCACAUCUAUACCAUUUUGGAACAUAUAAUAACUUUAAAAAAAAACUUCUUUAA